ACUAUAAAUAAUUGUAUGUGUGCAUGCUUAUACGCAUGAGCACGAGUAUGUUGUAUGUGUGCGAGGGAGUAAAAAAGAGGAUAAGUAUAAGACAACCACGACAAUAGGUAGCUUAGUUGGUGGUUGCUUGGAGCAGUGUAUAAGUUAAGUAAGUAGCAGCUGUCUGUCCUAAACAGCGGCGAGGACGCGCUGACAGAGCCUCUCCUCGUCGCACACAAAUGCUCAGCCAAGAGGAUGACGGGCCCCAACAACAACAUCACCAACAGGAUAGCUAUCAGUGCUUCGAGGAGGACACAAGCAGUGCAGGCACGACUACCACUAUUGGUAUCGCUGACUCCUGGAGCAAGUACCGGACGGUCGAUAGCACUGGCAACGUCAGUCCCAAAUAUGGAUCUAUGUUGUCUUGCCCUUCCUCAGACAGCCGGAUAAAGAUGUCCCUGCAUGGGAGUGACGACACUCCCAACGAGUCGGGUGGUCGUUUUAUGCCUGGGCUCGAGUCCCAAGUGCUAUCGGAAAAUGUCUCGCUGUCGCGCAAUCCUGGAGUCACCUUUGACCCCGACAUGUACUGGGAAAUGAAUUAUCACGAGGCUGCUAUUUUUCUCGAGGAAGGCCGAAAUAACGAAAAAUUCGAUUCCCAUCCAAGGCAUCCAGAAGAUCUACCGGCAUAUUUAUUAGUCCACAACAGUUGGUAUUACGGCCUUGAUCUCUUCACAUCUUUAAUUUUGCUUGGUUUAGCUUUUGUGGAAGAACCAGCGGUGCCUCUGUUUCAACUUCCAGUAUGGGCUCAUGGUACAAUAGAACUUUUAGCUUUAAUCUCUAUCGGCGUAGAAUUAGCUUUAAAAUUGAGAUGGAUCGGAUGGGGCACUAUGCUAAAACACAAGAGAACGAUGCUAAAGUGCAUCACCCUUUUCAUAAUGUUUGUUGAGGCUCUCAUCGUUUUGGUUCGGCAAUCGUCGCACUUCAGGGUAACACGAGCGUUGCGACCCAUUUUCUUAGUAGACACGAAAUACUGCGGCGGCGUCCGAAGAUUUAUCCGACAAAUUCUACAAACGUGUCCACCAAUCAUAGACAUGCUGGGACUUUUGUUAUUCUUCAUUUUGACUUACAUGGUUCUUGGGUACUACUUGUUUUUUGAAAUGAACAGAAACUUUGCAACUCUGCAGGACAGUUUUGUCAGUCUUUUUGUUUUACUCACUACAGCAAAUUUCCCAGACGUUAUGAUGCCAUCGUUUUCGAUAAACAAAUGGUACGCGCUUUACUUUGUCUGUUACCUGUCCACUAUGCUCUACAUAAUGAUGAAUCUCAUGCUCGCUGUUGUCAAUGAAACUUUCACUUCGGCCGAACGCGAUAAGUUAAAAAAAUUAUUUCUCCACAAACGGAAAGCUUGUCAACACGCAUUUAAACUUCUUGUUUCGAAACAAAAUCCUGACCAAAUGCGUUUCAAACAAUUUGAGGGGUUGAUGCGUUAUUACGCUCCAAAGAAAUCAAUGAAAGACAUCGUGUUGAUGUUUCGUUACUUGAACAUAUCUGGCAGUAGAUUCUUGACAUCCGAUGAAUUUCUAAAUGUUUACGAUGCCACGGUGUUAACUUGGGAUCCUCAAUACUCUAGUGUGCCAUGGUACCACAUGGCAUGGCCUCCGUUGCAAAUUCUCUGUCAAGGAGCUCAUGCUGCUAUUAACUGGCGGUACUUUGAAAGUCUGAUUUACACUGUUAUUGUCGGCAAUGGAGUUGCCAUGGUUUGUCGUAUGAUACAACCAGAACCUGAUCGAGAAACGUCAGCAAGUUUAUUUGCUGCCAGCUGGGAUACACUUCUUUUUGGUGGUUUGUUUGCGGUAGAAGCUCUUACAAAAGUUCUAGGUCUUGGGGUAAGACGAUAUUUGAGUUCCGGUUGGAAUCUUUUCGAUCUCGGCACAUCGGUGAUGUUAUUGGUAGCAGCUUGUGGCCUGACCCUUUUUCCUGGUGCAGUCUUCCUAGUUGUCUUCCGACCUUUGCGAAUGUUGCGACUUUUUAAAUUGAAAAAACGUUACCGUGAUAUCUUUGGCACUUUAGUCCUCCUCUCACCAUUGAUGUGUUCUACAGCAAUUGUUAUGGUGGUACUCUACUAUUUCUUUGCUAUUAUCGGCAUGGAGCUUUUUGCUGGAUACGACAUGAGAAAUUGUUGCCAGAAUACUACAGUGGAAGACUUUUACAAAUAUUCAGUGAAUGGAAGUACAAGUUUAGGAUAUUACUAUUUAAAUACCUUUGAUAAUCUGAUGGCUAGCUACAUGACAUUGUUUGAGCUUACUGUUGUUAAUAAUUGGUUUAUACUGAUGAACGCUUACGCUGUCACUGUUGGAAUGUACACAAGAGGGUACUUUAUGGUUUUCUACUUAAUAACUAUGAUAGUUUUGACUAUUGUAGUAUCCAGUUUUCUUGAAGCUUUUCGCUUCAGAAUUCAAUACAAACGAUCAACUUCAAAACGCGAUGAGGAAAAAAUGCUACACGAAGAAGUUGAAAUAAAAUAUGACGAAUUACAAUUAAUUGUUCAAGACUACCGAUUGCUAGAACAAAUUCGCGAGUUUUUACCUGUUGGAACAGCAGUAUUUAUCGGCUCUAGGCCACGAACGAGAGAAGUCCUACAACGUAGAAUGUAUAUCCACGAAAUCAUGGAAUGGCUUUCAGAAGCCAAAUCACAAGAACGGUUCGGCACGUCCAGCGGUGUCAAUAACUUUGACGAGGAUAGCAUAGAUGAACACAGAACGGAAACGGAUAGUGCAAUACUAAACGGCGUCACGUUAACACAAAGAAGACAAAGUGCAGUUUUCAAUUCUGCAUAAUUGUUGUAUGUAUAUAUAGCGAGUAAGAAUUAUGUUUUCUGUAUUUUAACAAAUUAUGACGCAGAAGACGAGCACCUAGUCAAAUGAUUUAUACGUUUUAGCAGCACGCGCUUUUUAGCAGUUUUAUCAAAAAAUCAAACAAAUCGAGCUUAAUUUCUAUGACCAAAUCGAAUCGCGAGCAUUUAAUAAUAUUAUAGUUUGUAACUAUGUUGUUUAAAGGGCAAUCAGCACAUGAUUAUUUUUAUUUAAUGUCUUAAGCCAUUUGGAUAAGGAAACGACAAAUUAGAAAUAAUUAAAAGUAUUGUAUAAAAAUGAAUGUAAAGGUACACAUUUUUCAGAAAUAUUACGUAAAUAUUUUAAAUGAACAAUUCUUGAUAGUUGCGAUAUAAUGGAAAAAAGUAAAAUAUUUACAUAUGAAGCCUUUUAUAUUAAAAUGUUUUCGAGGUAAAAUGACGUGUUGCAAUUUAGCUCUGAUUGUAGAAAUAGGUUUAUUUUAUUUUUGUUACCAAACAAUAUUCUCACCUGUAGUUGUGAUAGAUUAUGUCAAAUUAAAAAAAAUCUAUUUAAAAAGUAUUAUUGUAUAAAGAUUAUAAGUUAUUUUAAGAUUAACUUUUAUUUAUGUAUUUAUUAACUAUAUUAGCUGCUAGAAUUCAAUUCCCUCCAAAUUAAAUUUGUAUGAUAAAUUUUAUAAACGUAAAUUUCGUAAAAAUAUAUACACAUAACAUUUUAAAUACGUAAAAAGACGAAAACAAAGUUUAAAUAAAAAUAUUUUUUACAUACCCCGAACAGUGAAUAUCUCAAUAGAAAUAUUUAUAAUAUAUACACAUACAGUGUAUAAUAAUUGUUUAAACAAUCAACUUGUAUGAUGUGAUUGAUGUAAAUGCGAAAACGGCGAAAAUUGAAAACAAUAAA